AUGUCUCGUACUAAUAUGGAUACAAGACACGCACACUCUGCUCUACUGGCAGCACGACAGGGUGCUUCUGAAGAUAGCAGGAGCAGCAACAGCAGCGAGAGUAGCAGCAACAAAAACAAUAUCAAUGUCGGCGUUGGUGACGAUAGCGGUAAUGUCAGCGCGGUAAGUAUCGACGAUGGACCCCACUUCAGGGAUAUCUUCCACUACGGACACGAGGGAAACUACAAACUCGCAAGCAGCGGUAUCACUAACCUGAAUUCUUCUUCCCACGCCCACCAAACUUUGUCUCCCAUAUCCAUUAGUAAUGCAUCCACUCCGGAAAGUUUUCCCGAACACCCUUUGGGCCUAGAGCGGGAAACAGGGCCAGCAUUGGAAGCUGAAAUAGAAGCCGGAGCACUACCACCACAUCAAAGUAAGUACCUUUUAAACUCCAUUAAGGCGACUAAACGAUUAAAAGAUGCUAGACCGUUUCUGAAGCCGGUUGACCCUAUUGCUUUGAACAUCCCGCAUUAUUUCAAUUAUGUUCAAACCCCAAUGGAUUUGUCUUUAAUUGAAACAAAAUUGCAGGGCAACGUUUAUCAUUCAGUAGAGCAGGUCACAUCGGACUUCAAAACAAUGGUGGAUAAUUGUUUAAACUUUAAUGGUUCAGAAUCUUCGAUCUCUUCGAUGGCUAAGAGGAUUCAAACAUAUUUUGAAAGAAAGUUAUCUGCGAUGCCACCGAGAGUUUUACCCGCUUCUGCUUUGAAGAGAACAAGUAGAAACCGGAAGAAAAACGAGGAUUUGGAUUCUCCACUUGUCAUUAGGCGUUCAAUUAGUACUACUGAUGACAAUAUCGGUGAAAGUGGAAAUAGAGAAGGCGUCAGUGGUGGUAGGCCCAAAAGAACUAUUCAUCCACCCAAAUCGAAGGAUUUGUUUGAUAUAUAUGAAAACUCCAAACCAAAAUCGAAAACUUUGCAGAAAAAAUUCAGGACUUGCCUGAAAAUUAUAAAGGUUUUGAUGAGUAAAAAAAAUUCAGAUAUAAAUUACCCCUUUUUACAACCUGUUGAUCCGAUUGCUUUGAAUCUACCAAAUUAUUUUGACAUUAUAAAGAAUCCUAUGGAUUUGGGUACAAUAUCAAAUAAUUUGAUGAACUGGAAGUACAAAACAAUUGAUCAAUUUGUCAACGACCUCAACCUUGUCUUUUAUAAUUGCUUCCAAUUCAAUCCAGAAGGCAAUGAAGUCCAUUCAAUGGGCAAGAAACUGAAAGAGCUUUUCAAUUUUCAUUGGUCAGAGAAUCAGGAUGUUUUAAAUGAAAUUGAAACGGAUUCAGAUCUUGGAGAAGAUAACUAUUCUUCUUCAUAUUCAUCUGAUGAUGAAUAUGAUGAUGAAGAAAUAAAUGAGAAUGAUAUUACUAAUCCGGCUAUUCAAUAUUUGGAACAAAAACUGAAGAAAAUGGAAGUUGAAUUGCAGCAAUUAAAAAGGCAAGAGUUGAGUAAAUUAUCGAAGGGAAGAAAGAGGAGGCGCCCAGGCAGGAAGCUUUUGCGCAAGAAGAUAACGAAGCAUUCAGUUGAUGAUUUGAAGAAAUCUAUUACUGAUAAUAUCAAUGAAUUAAGUGACUUGGAAAUGAGUGGGAUGAUUCGUAUCAUCAAAAAUUCAUUACCCGCAGAUGAGAUACUAACUUCCGAUGAAGAUGAAAUUGAGAUUGAUUUGGAUAUUUUAGAUGGAGAGACUAUCGCAAUAAUUUAUGAAAGUUAUUUCGAGAAAAAGAACAGCAGUAAUAUUAAGAGAAAACUAAGUGGAAACUACUUGAAUGGGCAAACGAACAAGAAAAAGAAAACCCUGAAAUUUUUGGAAAAGGAUGAAAUCAUAAAUAAUAAUAAUUAUUCCGAUUCCGACGACAGUAGCGAUAAUAGCGACAGUGACAGUGAUUAA